CACUCUCUCUCUCUCUCUCCUUUUUUGGUGUUUGGUUAGUUUCUUCUCUCUUACCUCACUGAUCACAUUUUUUUCUUCUUAGCCAUCUCUCACUCUCACCUUCAAAAUUCCCCUUUCUAUCAUCACAACUCUGUGAUUCUCUAUCUGUGCAGCACACCAUAAGAAUGGUGGAUCAUCAAACCGUUUGUUGCAUGUGUGGUGAUGUUGGUUUUCCUGACAAGCUUUUCCGUUGCAACAAAUGCCGCCACCGAUUCCAACACUCGUAUUGUAGCAACUACUAUGGAGAGCUAGCGGAGAUAGAACAGUGUGAUUGGUGCCAAAGUGAAGAGAAGAAUAAUUCAAGACAUAUUGGCACUAAUUCAAAGAAACCGGUGACCGGAAAUGAGAUCGUCGCGACAACCAACCGAUCGGAUUAUUCGGGUGAGAAAAUCAUUAAACAACAUGAUCGUGAAGAGAGUGGCUCGGAGAAGGGGAAGAGUCCUUCUCCGUCGCCACGGACCGCCACACGUAGGUACAAGCUUCUCAAGGAUGUAAUGUGUUAGAUAUGACUAAAAUCUUGAAUAAGAAGAAGAAGGUGACUUUUGUGUUAAGAAGAAGAAGUGUUUUGUGUCUAUAUAGCGUGUUAGUGAGUUUGCAACAAAUUAAAGAGUGUGUUUUCUUUGAGUGUUCUUCUCAACUUUCUCUUGUUAUGAGUGGCUUUUCAGCAAGUUGUUAAUAAUAAAACUAUGUAACUUUCAAUCUAUGUCAUCAUAAGUUUCAAGCUCUUAUCUUCACUUU